UAUAAUUUUCGCCUUCAGGAGAUUCCGAGAAUGCAGAGUCCUUGUUGGGGUGUUAUUUUGCCUGAUGGUACUAUAUCGUCGAACUCAACAUAUCUUUCCCAGAAAACGUGCGUGUCCUUGGUCCCUUCAACAAACCUGUUGCAUCCCUUCCGCCACACAAAAAGUAGAAAGUAGCCAUGAAAUAGCCGUGAAAAGCGGUCACGUCUAGCCACCCUGACAUACCCUGACUUGUUUCGGAUUUCGAGCCAACGUGCCAUUUUUUUUUUUUUUUUUUUUGCGCGGAACAUGAUUCUCGCGCGCGUUCAUUUGUGACGCUUACUUGCUGAAGAUCAAAUGUUGAAACUUGCAAUUAACGCUCCGAGCGAGCAGGAGACGGGAUGCACUUAUGCUGCGCCAGAGCACUACAGUCGUUGUUGCUUUCUACAUUGUCUUGUUUAGCUCGACGUUCAUCACGAACAAGUAUGUACUCACCGUAGAGAGAUUCGCGUAUCCAGCAAUUUUUCAAUGCUGGCAGGUCCUGGUGGCCGCUGUUGGCUUUGUUAUAGCUGCUAGCUGUUGGAAGUGGAAAUGGCACAUGCAAUGUAUGAUAUUGACUCUUCAGUACAUUUGGAAAACAAUACCUUAUUAUACACUGAGCAUAUAUGCUGGCUCUCGCGCCCUCACAGUCCUUCCUCUUUCCAUAUUUUUGGGCAUCCACAACUCAUUGCUACUUGUCCACUGUGGGUUGGAUCUUGACUUAGGGAAGCAGAGUAUUUUCUUCAGCACUAACCCGAAGGACUUGGUAGCAUUUACUUCGGUGGCUGUGAGCAGUAUAAUGCUUGUUACCACUGUGCCAAGAGUGUUAUCCUUUCCGCCGAAAAGUCUUCAACUGUCUGCAUUAAGACUGAUGCAUUCAACAGACAGAUCAUAUAUGCUACAACAAGGUUUGUUUCUCGAGCUGUGUAGCUUGAAGGGGUACUGUGUUUUUACUUUAUUACACUGCAUACUAACUGCAUUAAUAGGGCUUAACUUAAUGCUUUCUUGUUUUGUAUUUUCUAGUUUUAUUCUACUGUUGCCUGCAAGUUACUUCUUGGGUGAUUUUCAUGCAGUCUUCCUAUACCCCUAUCUUACAUCUCCUGGGUUUUGUUGGUCAUUUGUUUCAAGCGCUCUUUUGGGAUCAUUGCUGUUAAUACUCCACCCCAUGAUUUCAUCUUUAGAAGUUGUCAACCUGAAUUAUAUUGGCCUAGCUAAGGUUAUUGUGUCGGCAAUCUCUCUAUUGUCAUUUGGAGUACCUGCAGUGCCACAAGAUUACCUGUUUUGGACAGUACUGUCACUUCUUGCUGGCAUGUUUGUCCCGAAAGCCAUGGCUUCAGAUGCUGAUAGAUGUGUCCUCUCCAACAUUCGACAGUCAAUGCAGCAUGUCUGAUUGGCAUGUUCAUGUGUUGUUACCUGCAUAAUAAUUUUGCACCCAGUACUUAGAAGAAAAAUCUCUUGCAUAUAAAGGGCACUUUGCUUGAACUUUUUGGCUAUAAGCAUAUGAGUUUCGUAACAAUGUGUAGAAUCAGACUAAAUAUUUUUUUAAAACAUUGAAUUCAUGAAAGUCAUUGCAGUUAUUGCCAUAUUUAAUUAGCAAGUAUUAGGCUCUAUGGUGUCAUACUUGCUUAAUUAAAUGCUUUUGACGAAACUUUUAUAUGUUGUAAGAAACAGAUUUCACAAUGGUUAUUUUCAUUUAUCAUUUUUUUUAAUUCUCCUCCAUUGGCUUGCACACUUCUGUGUUGGCACUAUCAGCGAAAUUAGCACUCAGUGCAAUAUCUGAUGAAAAUAGAAUCAAAGAAUACGAAUCAUUAGGAAAUACAGCCGUAAGCUGGCUCUCUGUUGCUGUUGCUCUCAUAUAUGUUAUGAGAAAAGUUGUCUUACGGCACAAUGUUUUGUGUAAGUGACAUUGCGUAAGAGCGUAUUUGGAGCAGCUCAUUUGUGAUUGAGUAGACAGCUAUUGUCACUAUUUUUAACAUUGUGUAUAGAAUGAGUGCCAAGCAAGUGUACUAGUUUGUGUCUUUUAUUGUUGGUUCCUCAAAGGGUCACAAAAGAGAAACAUUGAGACUACUUUAGGUAGUCUCACUUCUCAAAUUACAAAUGCAGACAGAUUUUGCAGUGAGCACUAUUGGUAAGACAGAAAGGAUGCAAAAAGUUCAAGAUUGCUAGUGACGCCAUCUCAAAAUUUCUGCAUUUGCACCCCAUGACAUCAUAGAUUUUCGGCAGUGUCUGCCCUGAGCCUGGUCUAUCAACAAAAAAAAAAAGUUGUGUUGCACUUGAAUGUAUGCUGGGGGGACUCAGUGGGCAACAUCAUUUGUGGCCUCAUUUUCUGCACAAAAAGGUUCAAAUUAUACCACUUGCUUCACAUGGGAUGAGCAAAAUUUUUUAAAUACAGUGCAGGGAAUAUAAUUAUGUCAUAGUUUCAGGAAUGCAUUAUUAGCAGGGUGGAUGACUGUCACAUGCGCACUUUCAACUGCAAUUGAAACCAAAUACGGUUCAAAUCUGUGAGCCUUAUGGCUCCUUUGUACAAGCUUGCGAAAGGAUGCCAGUGAGGCUUGCAAAUUUCAAUUGUCUUUGAGUUUGAAUGCUCUUUGGAAACGUGUGUGUGACCGGAAUAUUGUUUACUACUAUUAAUAAUUCAAUUUCAUAUUUUUGGGCAGAUGUUGUAAUUGCGGAAUUGAAGCCUGUCAGUGCUCGAAGCAUGUCCACUUUGUAGGGAGUGUGAGAUCAGCACUAUCAGGUCGUUGCUCCUCAAACUGUGAGAAAGUAGUUCAGUGUUCCAGUUAGUGCUGUCCCACAUUGCUUUUUGUGAAACUAUUAACUGGAACACCAAUGCUGCAACACCACCCCCAAUCCCCAUAGAUUUGGAAAUGAAAACUGAAACUUGUGCUAGUCGCAGGAUUCCUAUUAAAGGGACAGAAAACCACUCGGAAUAUGAAUCGAGAUAAUUCCGCAGAUGGAUUGAUCCCCUAUCAUAGUGGCUAAAAUGAGCCAUGUUUUUCUCAUUAAACGUGGAUUUAUAUUUUUAAUUCGUCAUUCAAAGUCGCAAAACAUGACCUUGGGUGCCCCACGCAGCAAAAGCGUGAAGCUGAAUAAGAGGUCCACCAUGUGGCCUUCUGCUAGUGUAUGCGAUUCCUGGUUUCUUCAUCAGUAUUAAAAUGCAGUAUACUUUUUAUUAUUAUAAGUUUUUCCUGACUUACAAUGUGCCGAUAAGCCUUCGUUUUCAAUGAGUUGACUUGGCUCUUCUAUCGACAGAGCAACAACCAUGGGGGCCAGCCAGCCAUGACGUAUGUGUGUACUUGGACAACCCUUUAAGUGAACACGCAUGCGUUGAUCACAGUCAGCUUAAAUUCGACAUUUGCAACAUGUGCCCUAAAGUAACAUUAUUAAGUUACUUAUCAGAUAUCGGCUAGUUGUUAGUUAAGUGAUAGUAUCACAUAUUCGCUGUUGUCUGCUACUGCUAGUAAUUUGUUGGCACAAAAAAAAGACUUAUUCAUAUGCAUAUGCAGUCUUGCAACAUAUUGCUCUUCUCAUCUGAAGCAUGCGGUAUAGUAUUGUGAAAUGUGUUGUCGCACAUGGUGCUGUCAUUUGAGCGUGAAAUCCUAAAAGUGACUUUGGUCUCAGCACCAAUGUUCAACCAAAUUCCAACAGAUUUGGAAAUAGUUUAUGAACUGUCUGCCAGUUUAUAUUUAUGUAAUGUUUCUCUUUUGGUUCGCUUUAAGGAUGUUUGAAAAUUUUGUGAAGUGCUUCAAACUUAGGUCUAUCUGUUGCUGACAUCACCUAGUUAACCCAUUCGUCACUGCUUCUUGUGUUACUGCUUAUCUUGCUCGUUCUGCUCGUAAGAGGGUUUACUAAUCCAAGAACUUUGCAUUGUGAUUUCAUAUCUGUGCUAGUGUUGGUGCUGUUAAAGAGGCGUUCCAUAAGGAGGCGUUAGGUUGCCUUUUGAGGUCAUUUUAAUGUGUGCAUUCAAAGGUUAGUGAAUGGCACGGUGACUUAUCAUUUUUCCUGGUGUCUUAAGCCAUGCAAGACCUUUAAGAAGGUUUUUAAGGACUUUCGGUACUUUUUUUUUCCCUUUAUUAGUGGCACAGAAUGUUUCACUGCUCCUCUAGUUUGCUUUUGUUUGUUUACCUGUGGUGCCGGAAUGUCUUCUAUGACAUCACAAAGACCCUUUGGAGGAGGUAAAUACACUCUCUAGGGAGAGAUACAAAAGGGGCUUAUUCUGUGUCCCAACUCUCAGAAGAGGUGGACAUUACUUUCACUACACAUUGCGAAGUCCAGAUGGCUAAAUUAAAGGAUUCAUUAAUAAGUUGAUUAUUCGCUUGAGGACAUAUCUUGAAAUUGAAAAAUUGAAGCCAAGUAGAGGCCAUGUCUGCUUUUUAGAAAUCGUUGGAUUAUCACCACUUUUGAAAUAUCUGUCGUAGAGUCUGCUAAACACUGCAUUGAUGUUUUAGUCAAGAUCGUCUCACACUGCUUGAAGGACGCUUUUGGGGAACUGAACUGGAAUACCAGUGGUCAUAUAAGGAUGGAUAACUCAAAAGUGGUACUAGUCUUAGGAUUUCUGCUAAGCAGACAUGACUUCACUGCUGUUCUGCUAUUGCAACACUUGCCCUAAAGUAAAUAAAUUCAAAAGUAUCUGCUUGGACUUUUAAAAAUACAGAUUGUGUAUGUGCAGUUAAAACUCUAUUUAACGAAGUGAUGACCACGAUCGAAUUAUUUCGUUAAAUCGGGAAGUCUGUAAAAUUGAGAACGGAAUUUUUCGAUCCGUCGAAAUCUAAAAUUGUAACGUAGUGACAUGCAAAAGCUACCUUGGCAUUGUAUUGCCACUAAUCUAUCCAUCUGUCGCAUAUAUCAUGAAAUAACGAAAGCAACCACCGCUUUCCAUACAGAGGCAGUGUUGAGUCCACUGUUCCACGCAUGGGCGUGGCGUGCAACCUCGUCAAAAUAAAGCUAGGGACAGGACCAUGGCGUCUAGUUGUUUUAACAUGAUAGCUUUAGAGGCGCGCUCAAAGAAAAACUCGUCUGCGUGAAAAUUAGAAAGAAAUCAAUGCUUUUUUACUUAUUUAUUUCAAGAAAAACUUCGUUAAAUCAAGUUCGGACAAGUUACUUUGGUAAUUCGGCUUGAUGUCGACAUUGAACCCUAUGGGUACCUGCCGGGGAAUGGAAAUUUCUUGGUUAGAUCGGGAACUUCGUAAUAUCAGAUUUCGUUAGAUUGAGUUUUAACUGUAUAUAUGAGAUUGCCGAAUGUUACUGCUUUUGCUAAUCGCAUUUAAUGGGAGGUUCAAUUCUGUACUUAAAAGAACUGUUGACUGUCUGGAAUGUGUUCUGUGGUUACGGUGCUAAAGGCUUUGUUUUAAGCAUAUAUAUAUAUAUAUAUAUAUAUAUAAUCUCUUAAAUAAGGAAUUAGUUUCCGCUUUGUCAGUGCCUCGAGCAGAGAUUCACCUCUGUUAACACCAUGAUCGGUGAGCAGUAUAUAAUAAAGGUAUAAAAUAGAGUGAGUAAAUUUUUACAUUAUACCAGUCAUGUUUUGACACAAUCAUGAAAGGAUUACACAAAUUGACUCGCAUCAAUAAAAAUGUUAAUUGAAACGAGAUAAUUUCCUUCAUGUGACAUUAAUAUGUAUGCUUUAGCCACUACCUUUACCAAAUAUUGCUUCAUUGCUGCACUGGGACUUUUUCCCCUUAUGAAAUGGUGCAGGUGGCUGGGAAGCAUUUGUAUGCCGACAAAAAAGAAAGGAAAAAAAAAUAUCAUUUGGAUACUGACUUUGUUUCGCAGAGGCCCAUCACAAUUUGCAAAUCUCAUUUAUGUUUUUAUACCGCAUAGUUAAAAGCUUAUGCUGACUUUCUGUACUUUCUGUGCAUUGUUACAAUUGCUCUUAAGUGUCAUUUGACAUCCAUAAUGAAAGGAGCUUGCAAAUUGAAACAUCAAAUUCUUAAUUUUUUUAUUUUAUUCUCCGGAGAAGCCACUAUGAGUAUGAACACUUAAAAAUGAAGAUUUCAAUUCCAUGAUGAAAGCAGGGGAAAGCAGGGGACCUUAAUUAUAGUUUGGCGGUCCAUUUAAGUUAAUCUCCACCUUGAAGAAAUGCAGCUAUGUGAAGCAUAGUUCGCACUUUUUGAGCCUUUGAGUAUUGCUACAGUGCCACUUUGUCAUUGACACCCCUCCCCACCCCACUUUUUUUUUUUCUUUGUUAUUCUUAGCACAUGACUCUCUGCUUCGUGAGAUCAUUCCCUCAUGAAUUGUAUACAUUGCAUAUUGCACUUUUGCAUUCAUUUAAUUUUAUGCACUACAACAGGUUUUAGUAAGUCUGAGUUUUACUGCUGGCAUGUGUGAGUACUAUAUUGAUGUUGUUGCAACAACUGCAGUAUCACUUGUGUUUGAUAAAUAUUACGCUGCCUUUUAUGACAAUGGCAUAUGCUUCUCUGUAUCUCAUAAAAUGGUGACAAAUUACAACAGCAAGCAACAGGAGCAGUGUGUAAGUGUCCUCGUCUUUCUCUCAUUCUGUUAAUUUAUCUCCGUGAGUUACAAGCUAGCCGAAAGCCACACUUUAUCUAAUCAAAUAUUGACGUGAUCACAGGCCAUGUGGGACAAAGGUGUCUUGCCAAAUCACAGCUACUUUUUGAAGUCGAGCUCUCAUAAAGUGUAUUGUAACUCACUCAGAUCCUUUUCUUUUGUGUGCAUAUACAUACCCCUGCGGCCUUCUGAAGCAUUUUAAGCACUGGUAUGCUUUGUUGAGGCUACAAACAUGGGAAGGCACACUGUGUACAGUUAGAAUAUACAAUUGAAAAAGUGUGCCCUUAAACUACCAGUGUGCUGAUUUUUUUAAUGUGCAUCGCUAAAUUGCUUCACUGCUAACGUCGCAUUGCAUUAACGUCGACAUUCAUCGUGGGAUGGGUUCUGCCGGAAUUUUUUAUUAUGCAUAAUGUGAAAGAACAAGUGCUUUUGUAAGUGUAUCUUUGGAGCUCAAUGCAAUUUUUUUUAUUGCGGUUUUGUUCAGGUAUAUACUGUGCUAUGCUGUGUUCACAUAUCCUGUUGCACUAAAAGCUUUUCGUUACAUAUUCAUUUGUUCAUGUUUUCUUACAUGUAAAUGUUGAUCUUUAAAGGCCUUUGACGCCUUUUUUUCUUUUCUGGCUUUUUAGUUGUACCAUGUUUUUAGGCUUUAAAGCAUUGUACGUAGUCGUUCAGUGUUGAUGUUGUUGCAACCUAAAUAAUUUGUGCCUCUAAGACCCAAUGUGAUAAGCUCAAAAUAAGUUGUCAUAUCUACUGUGUUGCCAAGGUACAUUUCCAAUGCUUAAAUGGACCAGGGAAACCUUUUUUGUUCCCAUUUUCAUGCACUGUGAUUUUUGGUGCCUGUGGAAGUUUGCGAUCAUUUUGUGAAACCUGUGUACCUUGGCUAACUAUACAUGCUUUAUGAAGCUGGUGUACAGCUUGUGCCAUUUUUGUUACUGAGAACUCUUUGUACCCCUGUGCUACAAAUAAAUGUGUUCAGUUUUUAAUUAUGAA